AUGGGGGGCUUAGCUCUAAUGAGCAGCAACACGGGCUCUUUGAGCCCUGGGAGAGGGGGUGGUAAGGCAGUGAUUAGCACGGAGAAGAGCAGCCCGUUUCUGAAGAAUGCAACGGGCAUCAUGGCAGCGAUCCAUAACCUGAAGCAAAGACUGGACUUUCUGGAACAAGAGAUCAAAGACGACCUCAAGGGGAAGCUGGAUUACGAGGACCAGAUUGGGCACCUGAAGAAACGGAAGGCAGAGCUAGAGACCCGCAUCAAGAAGAACCAGCAACUCAUGGAAAACUUCAGCCAUGACAUCGGUCCGUUCGAGAGCAGCUACAAGGGCCUUGUCCGCGAGAUCGACAGCCUGUACGGCGAGGCCAAAGAGAAGCACGCGAGCGCGCUCAAGCUGCUUCAACGCGACUUCGGCUACCACGAGGCCUUCAAGCGGUGGGACGACGACUUCAGCGCGGUGCCCUUCAAGCCCAAGUAG